AUGUCUGCUAAAAGGCUCGUAGUGUGUGGUGGGAACGGGUUUCUCGGCUCCAGGAUAUGCAAAUACGCAGUCGGUAGGGGGUGGGAUGUAACAUCUAUCAGUCGUUCAGGCGAACCAAAGUGGAACGCAGUCACGGAAUCAGAUAAACCGCCCCAAUGGGCCCGCAAAGUAACCUGGGAACGCGCCGACGUCCUGCGCCCGGUAACAUACGCUCCGCUCCUCAAGGGCGCCGACUUCGUCGUCCACAGUCUCGGCAUAUUGCUAGAAGCCGACUACAAGGGCGUGCUGCGCGGUCAAGAAUCGCCCAUCCAAGGGUUGCGGAAGGCCUUCUCGGCCGCCCCCCGGCCCGGGAACCCGCUAGAGCGCAAUGUGUCGUCAUCGUCCGGCCAGGAGCAGAAGGAGGACAUCCGACCGCCCGAGACCAAGGACCAACUCACAUACGAGAACAUGAACCGUGACAGCGCCAUCAUGCUGGCCAAAGAAGCUGCACGCGAGAACGUCGCCGCUUUCUCGUACAUCUCGGCCGCGGGCGGCGCCCCCGUGCUGCCCCAAAGGUACAUCGCAACGAAACGGGAGGCCGAGAGGACGAUUGCCAGCGAGUUCCCGGGGAUGCGGUCCGUCUUCAUCCGCGCGCCCUUCCUGUACGACAGCUCGCGGCCCAUCACGGUCGCGAUGGCCGGCCUGACGGGGGUAGGCGCCGCAUUCAACACCCUCUCCGGCGGCAUCAUGGGUAGGUUCAUGGGCGCCGCCGGCGUCAAGCCCCUCAAGGCGGACGUCGUGGCCGAGGCCGUCGUGGAGGCUUUGGAAGACGACUCGAUAAAGGGGCCCGUGGAGGUUAAAGAAAUCGAGGAGCUGGCUAACAAGUCGUGGAGAAAGACAAUGCUCUGA